AUGGCUGGACGUAGGAUCGUGUACGUCGGCCUACCUGUUGCAGCAAUUGGAGGAUACUACCUCUACGCUGCUGGAGGGGAACCCAAGGUCGCGCAGAAGAAAGCCGAGCAUGAUGCCGAAAGCGCCAAAGCCUCGUUGAAAGGCCAGAACAUCUCCGGUGCGGAAGCGAAGAAACAGGGUGAAGAAUGGGCACAGAUCGCGGGCUCUAAGAUCGAUCACACCGUCGAUGAUGUCCGCAACAAGGUUCACGACGCCGACAAGACUAUCUCUGCCAAAGUGAGCGAAGCCGAGGCCAAGUUCGAAAAACUCAAGAACAAUACCGCUUCUCAGUUCGACAAGUCUAAGAAUGAUACCAAAAAGGAGUUCAAUCAAUCCAUUGACAAUUUUGAUAAGACGGUGGAGAGGAAAACGGCGGAGGCGAAGAGUGGGAUCUCGAGCUGGUUUGGGUUUGGCAAGUAG